AUGGCUAGUGAGGAGAGUUUUGUUGUUUUGAUUAACCACAGAGGAUCUGUUAAGAGGAAAACCCGUUCCGGAGUGAAGUUCACAGAUAAUAAUCCUCUCUGUAUUGUCGUUACUCCUACGACGAGCUAUGAUGACCUUGUUAGAGCUGUACUGACGAAGCUCGGUCUGGAGGGUGCAAAGCGGGUUAAGAAGUUUUUCUAUCGCAUUCCAAUUACGGUGCUACAGAAUACCGUGAAGUAUGAUUGCUUCACGAUUAGUAGUGAUGUGGACUUGCAAGUAAUGUUUCUUUGUCGGCGGCAGUUUCCGGAGGUGAGGACACCAGAGUUGUUGGCACGGCUGGUUGAUGUGGUAUCCAGCUCAGGCGGUUCGAACCGGAAUACGACCAGUUUAGCCACUCCAGCAGGUUCUAGUUCCCGGCCUGCCGUUGCUUCUUCCUCCGUCCCUGUGUAUCCACCAGUGGUCCAACCUGUCGCCUCCCCGUCUUUUGUUGUUGACCUCAAUGGCAGCGUAGGCGACGAGGUAGGGGCAAGGGAAAAUAUGCCGAACGCUUUAGUGGGUGUUGCACCGGUUGGCGUUGGAGACGGAUUUUUGGGUGAUGCAGAGGAGGAUGACGUAGAGCCGGAUAUGAUUGACGAUGACAGCGGUGAUGAUAUUGGAGGGAGUGAGCCUGCAUUGGCGGUAGGUGGUUCUAGCUCUGGCACACAGCAGUAUCCACCACAUUUUUCCUCUCUGGACUUGGAUGCCAUGAGGCAGGAGGGGGUUUCUGGGCACUCAGUUGGAUUCGGAGCUAGAGAUGCGGAAGGGACUGCUGGUCUGACAGAGUUCCAGCGCAAGGGCAUUUGGGAGGUCAAACGAUACAAUGGACCUCACACUUGUCUUGCCACCUCCAUAUCCAGUGACCACAGGAGUUUGGAUUAUCAUGUGAUAUCGGCGUUCAUUAUGCCAAUGGUUAGGGCUGAUGCAUCCGUUAGCAUCAAGGUGCUCCUGAAUGCCACGGCAGCACACUUUGGGUUUAGGCCGACUUACCGGAGGGUCUGGAUGGCGAAGCAGAAGGCUAUUGCUCUCAUCUACGGUGACUAG